AUGGUCAUGGAUUCUCUUCUCUCCAUGCUCUUGUUUCUUUUCACAUUCUUCUCCUUCAACCCUUUCUCCUCUUUUGCUUCACAACCCUCUUACAAUGAUCACUGUGCUUCUAUCAUCCCACAUUCAACUCCAACCACUAAUCUCAGGCUCAACCCUUUUCCCCUUGGUAACCAUCACACAGGUUACUAUAUCGGAGGUGAUAGUAUCAUUGAUGUUGCUGCUUCCAUGAACACAUUUUCCUUUUACCUCCCACUAAGGAACAUACAUGCAACUCAGGUCCAUGGUAUUUUCAAAAUUGAAGCCACUUUGUCAUUUACAAGCACCAACACAUUCAGCUAUGGUGACAGUUCAUAUUAUAGGCGUCAAAGUCAUUACCUUAGAGGUUAUUUAACCUUCAAGCUUGAUGGGUUCUGGUCUGAGUCUUCAGGGAAGGUUUGCAUGGUUGGUAAAGGCAGUGGUUAUUCCAAAACAGGUGACUCUCUUAAUCUGGAUGUUGUCUUUAAGCUUAAUAAUGUCUUCAAUGUAAGUAAUAUUAGUAGCUUGGUUAGUGGAACCUUAGAGAGCUUGAGUUCUGAAAAGGAUGAGAAUUACUUUGAAUCCAUUUCUGUGUUGAUGUUUCCAAAAGCAAAUUACACUUAUACCUUGGAUUCCAUUGCUGACAAUGAGUUCUCUUCUGGGGUUGAUGCUGAAGGGGGUUUAUCUUUAGAUUUCAAUUCUUUAAGUUUUUGCAAAUAUCCCCUUUCUAUGGGGAUUGGAAGACUCCAGUUAGAGUACUCUCAUGAGUGCAAUUCUUCUAAGAAUUGCACACCUAUUAGUGGGAGUUCUGAUCAACCGCCAUCUCUAGUGUCUUUGAAAGGCAUUGAAUGUUCUCUUAUUAAGAACAGGUUGCGGGUUUUGGUGGAAUUUUCAAAUGUUAGUUACUAUUGGACUAACCAAAGUUUCAAUACCAAAACUAUGUUAGUAGGGGAAGGAUGGUGGGAUGAGAAGAGAAACAUAUUGUGUGUAGUUGCUUGCCAUAUCAUGGAUAUGGCAUCAUCCUUGGCUGGUACUCAAGUGGGUGAUUGCUCAGUAAGAUUGAGAUUGAGAUUCCCCUCAAUUUGGUCAAUCAAAAACACUAGUGGCAUAGUGGGACAAAUUUGGAGCAACAAGACUGCAAAGGAUCCAGGCUAUUUCAAGAUGAUAACAUUUAGAAAUGAUGAGGAUCAUAGGGUUGGAGGUCAAGGCUUAAAAUAUGAGUAUAGCCAGCUAGACAAAGUUAACCAAUCAUGCUCAACACACAAGCUUGUUGAGAACCAGGGGAAAAGAUAUCCUGAUGCCUAUUCUGAUGACAUGAGAUUUGAUUUGACAGUAAGAGAGUCCAACAAGAGAUUGGCCUGGGGUUAUUCUUUUCCCUUAUCUGUUGAUGAUCAGUUCCUAAUUACAUCUUCUGAUUUUAUGUCAAGCCCCUCAAUGGAAGUUCCUCCUGAAAUCAACAGCAGCAAUAGUAGCUUGUUUAACAUUAGCUACAAGAUAAGCAUCUCAGUGAUGUCUUAUUCAACGCUUGACAGGAAUUCCCUCUUCAACAAGUCUUAUUCAGUAAAGAUUUCUGCAGAAGGAGUUUAUGAUGCUGGAGCAGGUACCUUGUGCAUGGUAGGUUGCCGUGACCUUCUCUCAAACACUGGCAUACCAACAGCUCAUUCUGUGGACUGUGAGAUUCUGGUGAAGUUUCAGUUCCCAUCAUUAGAUACAAAGGAUGGGAGAUACAUCAAGGGAAGUAUUGAAAGCACACGCCAAAAAUCUGAUCCUCUGUACUUCAAAGGUUUAGACCUAUCUGCGGUUGCAUAUUACAGAGAAGCAGCAAGCAAAAAUAUUUGGAGAAUGGAUAUGGAGGUCAUCAUGGCUCUGAUAUCUACCACUCUAGCAUGUGUUUUUGUGGGAUUGCAACUCUACCAUGUGAAGAGACAACCUAAUGUGCUUCCCUUCAUCUCACUUAUCAUGAUGUCAGUUCUUACUUUGGGUUACAUGAUACCCCUUGUUCUGAACUUUGAAGCUCUUCUCACUCAAAAUCCCAACAACAAAAACUUUGUACUUGGAAAUGUUAGUUGGCUUGAAGUUAAUGAAAUAAGUGUAAGGCUUAUCACCAUGGUAGCUUUCUUGUUGCAAUUCCGUCUCCUGCAUCUAACUUGGUCAUCAAGAAAGACUGAUGAAAGCAAGAAAGGCCUCUGGAUUGCUGAGAGGAAGGUUGCCUAUGUUACUUUACCCUUGUAUGCAGCUGGUUUAUUGAUUGCAUUGCUGUUGAAGUUGAAGAAAGAUGGAGAUAAGGUUCCUAUGUUUACCCGAGUGUACCAGCACCCUUCAUCUUGGGAGAACUACAAAUCUUUUGGUGGUUUGGUAUUGGACAGUUUUCUGUUGCCACAAAUCAUUCUAAACCUGUUUACAAAUAUGAGGGAGAAUGUUCUUUCAUGUUCAUUUUACUUUGGAACUACUUUUGUGAGACUGUUGCCACAUGCCUAUGAUCUUUACAGGACACAUAAUUAUGCUCUCCAGGAUAAUGGGUCAUACUUCUAUGCUGAUCCAAGUGCAGAUUUUUACUCCACUGCUUGGGAUAUUGUCAUUCCUUUGGGAGGUAUCCUAUUUGCUAUCAUUAUCUACUUGCAGCAACAUUUUGGUGCUCAUUAUAUUCUGCCUCAUAGGUUCAAAGGGUCAAAGGUAUAUGAAAAGGUGCCAGUGGUGACUGAAUCAGAAGUAGAGACAACCAACAUGUAA